UCUAAAUGCGCAUGCAAAUUAUUAAAGUAACAGAAAAUAAGUAAAUAUGGCCAGAAAUGUUAAGAAAUUAAGCUUGGCCAACAAAUUGGCUAAACGGGGCGAUGUCAUAAAGCCCACAGAAAUAAUUGGUAGACAGAAUCGAGCUGAUAAUGUGCGGGAUAUUGAAGAUCUAGUGGGGACUUCGGGUUCCAGUAAUUCGAUUUACUUCUCACCCCUACAAACCCGUAAACAGCGGGAAACCGUAAAGAAUAUUAAUAUUAAAUCGGAACCCUUAACCCCAACACGAGUUCUGCCCAAAAGGAUUAAAAAUGAGGAACAGGAUCAGUUGCAGUCCAAAAUAUUAAUGGGUUCCGCCAUGGUAGUUAAGUGCAAGGUGGUGCCGGAUGCUAUGAACUCCCCCUUAAGGAUUGAUCGGAUCAAAAAGGAAUUACAAACAGAAUUCAAAGAGGAACCUAGGCAAGAGAUUUUAGAAAAUAUUAAAAAAGAAGUUGAUCACCAAGGGCAGCCACAUAUGUUCCUUGGAGUGGAGGGACCACAUCCCCUGUGGCUUAUCCACCUGGAAAAUAUUCGCAUUAUGCGAAAUCGUUUGCCAGCACCUGUGGACACCAUGGGUUGCCAUCGCUGUGCGGAUCCCAAGGCAGACGCAAAGACCCAACGCUUCCAGAACUUGGUGGCCCUAAUGCUGUCCAGUCAGACCAAGGAUCAAACCACAUUCGAGGCCAUGAAUCGCCUCAAGGAGCGAACUCUAACCACCUUCAGUAUAAAGGAAAUGCCAGUGACGGAACUGGAAAGUCUCUUGCAUCCUGUAUCCUUUUACAAGAACAAAGCCAAGUACCUCAAACAAACCGUAGAGAUUCUCAUAGAUAAAUACGAUUCCGACAUACCAGACAAUCCCAAGGAGCUCAUAGCUCUUCCAGGAGUUGGACCGAAAAUGGCUCACAUCUGCAUGGCGGUCGCUUGGAAUAAAGUCACGGGCAUCGGAGUGGAUGUCCAUGUUCACCGCCUCACGAACCGUUUGGGUUGGGUCCCAGAACCAACCAAGGAGCCGGAACAAACCAGGAUCGGGUUGGAGAACUGGCUGCCCCACAGCCUCUGGGCGGAGGUGAAUCAUCUAUUUGUGGGAUUUGGUCAAACCAUUUGCACUCCCCUGAAACCCAACUGUGGCGAAUGCUUAAACAAGGAUAUCUGUCCAUCGGCCUUUAAGGAAACUAAAGCCAAGAAAAGCAAAGAGUGAUCAAUGGAAGGGAUAAAUUAAAGAACUAUAUUUUGAAUACAUGAAAAAGCUGGAAACUGUCCUAAUAUUUAAACAAUACGAUAAAACUCAGGAGUAAAAUAUUUCAAAA